UUUAUUUUGGUCCUCAUGGUCUCAUUUUAUGCUGUAGGGUUCUUGUAUUAUCUGGGUUCCUCAUGACAAAUGAAACUGCCCUUUGAUUCGGAGGCCUUGUUUUAAAUGAGCUUUCGUUUUUAUUUCCAUGUGCUGAUGUUCUGUGCUUUACAACUGUUUGUCAAAGCACUAUGUAAAGUUCUGUUUUUUAAAAGUGCUAUAAAAAUUAAGUUAUUAUUUUUACUAUUAUUGCAUUUUAUCUGUAGAUCUAGAGGGGAAACAUCACUUCUACGAGGUGAUUGGCUCCUGUGGUGAUGCAACAACGGGAGCGAAUGCAUGAAUGUGAAUGCCACCGUCACCCUUUACGCAAUUCCAUUACUCCUUAACGUUAUUGUGGUUUUGCUUCAAGACGUUGAAUGUUAGAGCCAAAGGUGCCAACUGCUUAGUCCAUUAUUCAAGUGUCAAGAACUAAAGUACUGAGGGCUGGUUUAAGUUGACCGCUCUGCUCUUAAUUGAAAUAAAACUUGGUUUAAUUGCAAUAAUGGUAACUAAUAUUCAUGCUUCAUACUCUGAAACCCUGCUGACCAAAAAAAACUAUGUGACUUCUUCACAGUGUUGUUCUUUUGAGGCCUAGCAUGUAGUCAAAAGUGUCUUGAGUAUAAGAAAGGAUGUGGGGGAAUACUGGUCUGAACUCUGCACAGGGCCUAUGAAUAAAAAAUCAACUCCAUUAUUGAGUGGAGGAUGCAAACCAACUUUUAUAGCGUAUGGUAGGUUCAUAACAAUGCAGAAAGGGCUUUUAAUUUGUGGGUAUUCAAACUGCUCAUUGCAUAAAAACAGCAGAGUUCACAGCUCUCUUUAUGUAAUGUCUUUGUGAGUCCCCAUGCUCCAUGGCAGGGAGCUGUUGUCAUAGUGAUACAGUCAUCUCCAACUCAUCAUAGUAUUGUAUUAUUGCCAUCAGGUUGAAGGGGGGUGUCUUUCUCAUCACUGCCGAGUGAGAAACUUCUGAGCUCCAAAUGAUGAGUACAGAAGAUGAAGUACUUGCACGAAAACACAAGAAAAACAAGAAAUCUGCCAAAUCCCAAUCAACAACAACAACAUCAGUCCAAAUUCACAUACUUGUCAGAUUUUGCCUCAUGUGCCUAACUUUGGUGAUGCUGUGAUAGUGUUUCUUUUGAAAUACCUGAUCUAUUCAUACAAAAAAAGCCAUGAUGAGUGUUGAUUCCCUCUCUGUCAGCACUUUAAGGUAGAAGCCCUCCAAUCCAGCAAUCUUAUUUAUAGACUUUACGCUGUUAGAAAAUGAUUUUGUUUUUCAUAAUGCUAAAACUACCAAGACAUGCCUCUAGCUCUUGUAAAAUGUUGCAGUGUGAAAGCCAGCAUGGUCUUUGGCUGUUCAAUCCCACAUUAUCUGUGAAUCAGAGGAUAUAUCACUAUGAGUGUUUCCUCUAAGAGUUAUGCACAUUAGAAACAAGAAAGGAAGAGCAGGACCUUGCUGUUGCCUGGAUUGCAGGACAGGAUGUUGGUCUGCUUUAAUCUAUCAUAGAGAGUUGUGGUCUUUUAGCUACUAAAACUGCUUUCACAUCUGCGCCCACUAACUUGGAUUAUCUCCCAGCACCAGUCAGCCUUAAACAGAUACUACCAUGUUUGCCACAGUGUCAACAGGGCAGGGUUUAUAUGUGCUGGGCUACAUUUUUCUGAUUUUUCUUUCCUAUUUUGCGAUUGAGAAUCAACGCACGCACUCAUUUUGGAGUAGCAGGGAUAAUAUUGGUUGGUUGGUAAAUAAAAGAGGACCACAAAUGGAUCCUUGUGGAACACCUUUAGUUGACAACUAAUAAUAGGAAUCAAUGGAGGCCAGUUUCUUAGUUCUAUAUGAAAUAGACAUAAUACUAGUCGAGCCAGAUUGAUACUUUCUCCAGUUGUGCAUAGUUUUUUCAAUGAGACUACCAAAUUCAUCUGGGUCCUAACAUAAUAAGGGUGCAUUUUGAAAAUUGCAUAUGAUUGUAAAAAGCUUGAAUAAAAUCAGCUUUGAUUGUUCAACACAAAAACAGAAGAAAAAAAAAAGAAGAAAUCCCAAGUUACCUUCCAGGUAAAGCUUGUCUUAAAUUUCUAAAUACAUUCUUAAAUAGCAAGAGCAUUUGUGCAAACCAGAGUAUAGACUGAAUAGAAACAAAAGCUUAGCCCAACUUGUCCACAGAAUGUACACAAUUCUUAAUUAUGAUACUAUUGGUACAAGAUUGUGUUACAAGAUGACACACUUCAAUAUUUGGCCAUUACAAACAGUUAGAUCAGUCCUCUGAGUUGAGAUGGUUGCUCAUCAAUAUAUUUUCUCAAAUAUUUAUCUUUUCCUCUCACUUACUGGAGGGUUCAACUGGAUCCCACUGUUCUCCCAUUCCAGGAAAGGCAGGGGGUUUGCAGAUUUAUUUUUAGAAGUAUUUAGAAAAUCCUCGAGUUCACCCCUGGGACUAAAGACCAAGACCUUUCUCAUGUAUUUGUAUGACCGAGGAAAUGGUGAAGAACACAGCCUCUGAGUUCAUCUGGAAAUAAUCAGCUGUUGGAUUGUCAAAUACUGUGUGUGAGUGUGUGUCUAUAGUUGUUUUACAAACAAUUUGGGGACAUGCCUCUGUAGUGACUUUGUGGGGAAGUUGUGUCCUUAUAAGUACAAGAUGACGGUGCUUAUAAUCUAAACAACUUCUUAUGAUAUUUGAAACUUGCCUUAUAUGGCAUGCAUAUAUUUGGGACUGCUCACCAAAAGCAAAGCCCCAACUUUUUUGGAGCUCCCCCUGCUGGCUGGUUGGGGUUUAGGUAAUAUGCCACUGCUACCAUUUUAACAAAUGCAUGAUGAGUAAAACCUCUGUCCCUUUAUUUACCCAAAUUUAAAUUCUUAUGUCCAAAUAUUUGUUUUGUCAGAAGUUUAGUUUUAAUUGGUUAUGUCAUCAUAAAAAUGUGUGUAACGCCAUGUUUGAUAGCUCGGUUAAAACAUGUGCUGUUUGCAGUGAAUUACAAGAGUGGAAGAGGAGAAGAAUGUGUGGACUGAACAAGUUAUCUUUGUAAAAUAAGUUAGUUGAAUACUGGAGGGAAGAACAGAAAUUCAAUGUUGUUGAUGUUUUCAACUAUGCAAGAGUCUGACUCGGAUUAGCAUCAUCAUUGUAAAAUUGCAGCAAUUAAAGAGGCAGUAUUAUGGAUUUUAUCAGACUACAUUUUCUUUCUGAUGCCUCUUUAAUAGCUUUACAUGAUCUUCUGAUGAAAAAAAGCCUAAUGUUGUUCACACUGGAGUAUAAAAAUAUCAAUAUUUCAGCCUACGUCUGAAAUGCUUGGUUUCAGCUGCUACAGUCAUUCAAUAUGUACAUCAUCUUUAUCAAAACAGCAGGUUCUCUCAUUAGUGUGGUUCUGAUUGGAGGUCAGGCACAUUAUGACUCAGCCGAUUUUACGAGCUUAGAGAUGGGUUUUUUUUCUUCUCGAUGACUCAAUCAAUCAUCUUCCUUUGUUUGGUGCUUUGUUAUAUCUGAGUAGAAAACUGGAGAUAUAAAUGUGCUUGUUUCUUCAUUUUACAGCAAAUUAUCACCAUUCAAGGAGCUCUGAAAAAGCAAACAAGUGCCUCAUGUCAGUUUCCUCUCUGCCUUCCUAUUUGCUUUGCAUCCUCUCUCUCUGCACAUAAAGUCGUUUUAUGUUAAUGAGAUCAAUUUUUAAAAGUACAACCUCAAAGCUUGAAUGGCACCUGAAAUGAUCUUCUGAAACAGGAGGAUUGAUCUGUAUGUAUCGUCUAUUGAUGUGUUUUAUUAUGUUUUACAGGGGAUCCUGGUCAACUCUUCCCAUCUACCGAAAAAGAAGGAGAAGCACUGGUAUGGGAGCUGCAACGAAAACUAACUUUUCUUGUUGGUCAACAUCUUGGUCAAGAGAAAAUCUGUCAGUAUCUUUAUUUUUCAAUAAGGAAAAAUUAUUUGAAGCAAGUGAUGCAAAAAGUAAAAGAAAAUAAAGUCAAAGAAUGAACAAAUUCUGUUUGUUUUUGCUCCAAAAAGUCAAACCUGGGACUUAUACUAGCACAGCUUACGUUGUUUCUUCUGCUUCCGCAGGUCUACUGCUAACCGUGAUUUGAAUUCAGUCUAAUGAUGGAGCUACGCAGUUUGGCAGUCAAAUCAGCUGCAGGUAGAAUGAGCUCAGGUGCUGCAUCACUAUCUCUCUCUCUUAUAAAGGUUAUGACUUGUGCAGAGUCCUGUGCUGGAGCACACACAGAACAUUUUUUACCCGUGCAAGGUCGCGUGGUUUUAUCCUUGAUGCUCUGCUGAGAUCUCGAGAAAGCCUCCCUGCAUGCAUACAGACUCUCUGCAUCUGCUCUGGGAUGGAAUCUUGGAUUAUACAAUGCUAUUAACACCACUUGAAACAUAAAUACAGUGCAAUUAACUAUAUGAAAGAGAGGUAAAAAUAGCAGCCGAACUUGAAAGCGUUAUAUACUGAAGUGCCUUUUACACUAGAGAAGUGUAUGAGGCUUGUUCUCUCUAAUUCAACAGGAAAAUUGAACCCCCAGAUUUCCUGAAGGACCACUUAGUGUUCCUUUAAUCUUAGACCUCUUUUCAUGCCCCUCAGUUCCACUCCUUUACGGUCCCGCUGAUUUGAAUUUCACUCACCCUUUUACAAUCAGAUGGCUGGAAUGAAACCCAGCAGGACCUUGUGUCCCAGAGUUUCAUACCAGCUGCAAAGAAAUUAAAAAUCUGCCCCCAACCCCAUGGUGCAUGCAAUCCCCUCUCUCUCUCUCUCUUAACCCGCCACAUUCCCACUUUUUCCUGUCCAUUAAAAGGCAAAAAAUACCCAGAAAAAAAAACAAUUAAAAAAUAAAUAAAUCUGCUGCCCUAUCCUGAGGAAGAGUAAGCCUAGAGGGUCUGUGUAUUAUCCGUCCAUUCAAUUAUUCCAUUCAAUCUAGUAAAUGAAAAACGAAAAAACGAGUCAAUAUUUUGUUAAUUUGUUUUUCUAUAUAACCAAAAAGUAAAAGAUUAGUGUUUGUUUUUGUAUUUUCAGUUAAAAAUAUAUAUGUAAUAGAGAUGGAAAUGAAAAAAAAAAAAAUAAUAAAUGUACUUUUCGUUUUCAGGUUAUUGAUGUCCCCGUGCCCCAUGGUGCCUUUCUACUGUUCGCACAUGCACAUAGAGCAACAAAGUAGCCAACAACGUGGACCAAAAACUCCAGGCCAGAGCGGUAGAGAAAGGCUAACCUGCUGUCAUGGAGAUGGACGCAUCCUACAUAUUAUUCAAAGCUGCCAGGAGGGCCACUCUGAAGGAGGACGAUAUGACUGUAGAAAAAAUUAUAACCAAAGCUCUGUUACAACGUAAGACUUUGGCGCUUGAACCGCUCUGUUGCAUCUUUCGCCAUGGUAACGGUCGCUGAGGAUCACAGGAAGGCCAAUUUAGCCGCCAUGUACGUAUGCUCAAAACAGGCGCACUCAAAAUCAAUUAUUGUAAAUAAGAUUUAUUAUUUCAUUUUCAUUUCCUUCUCUGUUAGAUAUUCUGUUUUGAGCUGAAAAUACGAAAACAAAGACUCAUUUUUUAUUUUUUGUUUAUACAGAAAAACAAAUUAACAAAAUAUUGACUCGUUUUUUUGUUUUUAGUUUACGAAACCCUAUACAACUGUCAACAACAGCAGGACUGUGCUAGACGUCAGAAGUGACUACAACCGCUGCUGGGGAUUUUCAAGAUGGAGCAUCGUACAGCUUUGUUUUUGUCGUACAUGAUGUUACUUCUUCUUUGCCACUUUCGAAUGAAAUAAUUGAAUGGACGGAUAAUACAUGGACCCUAGAUGACAGGUGGUUUUGACCAAAAACUAAGUGUCAUUUUGCAACCAAAUAAAUAAGUAGUUACUGAUUUUCAGUAAGGAUGCACAGAAUGGGUUUUUGGGACAAUAACUAUUCUAUUCUUUGUAUUGGUUUUGGCGCCCCCUGUGGAUGGAGCAGUCUUUGCAUAUUUCAUCCACCACACACUUCACAGUGUCCUUUGACAGAAAAAAAAAUCUCAUCCUGCCGACUUUUGGCAGUCAAAUGCAUCAUUUGUUGUAAAUAUUUUAAGCAGAAAUAGUAAUAACAGGUUUGUUUCUUCAGCUGGUCGGCUCACACCCACACCAGGUGUUCAAAACAUACUGUAUGAAAUCAUCAAUCUUGCUGCUGAUGAUCUUGUUUGUUUUGGGGCGUCAUAAAAAGGUAUCAGCACAAAUUCCAGUAUAUCUCAUAAAUGUCAAAAAAUUCCUUACAGGAGCUUUAAUACAGGGGCAAUACAGCUUGAUUGCCCAUCUUGCUCUGAAGAUAGGACUAUCAUGACAGAUGAAAACGGGAGUCAUGACAACCGGUAAAUAUGCCGAAGACUCUGGUUAAACUACAAGGUCAGCAGUGGAGUAGGUAAACACAGAGAUUUGGUGCAUACAUAAAAGCUGUUUUUCUCCUAAAUAUUACUGCCUUUACGCCUCCAAAGUGCCUUUCUUUGCCAAGCCAUUCGUCCUAGGAAAACCCCUGCUGGCAAGUUGAUUAGUAUUCCCAUCAUCCAGGCAGACAGACAGUCAGACAGACAGACAGACAGACAGACAGGCCAGGCGUCACGAAACGCUCAGUCUGCUGCUCCAGUAACGAGAGCGAGAGAGAGGGAGGGAGUGAAUGAAAGGGAGAGUAGAGAGAGAGAAAAGGAGAGAGAGGGGGAGGAGCCAGGCUGCCAAGGUGAACCGAUAAACCUCCUUUUAUUACCCCUGACAUCCAAAACACGACGCGCAGCCCUGAGAGCUGGAGGAGAGAGAGAGAGAGAAGGAGAGAGAGAGAGGGGAGCGACAGAGCGGAGGGCUCACAUCUUAAAACGGGUGAUCAUCUGACAGCACACUGGCAAAAAGGACGCAGAGAAGUGCUCGAUAUCCUUCUCAUUUUGUACAAUUUUGGAUCUAAAAGUUACAUGGCACGGAGUGAGCUGCGUGCGUCAUCUUAAUGGAGACACAAGAGGAAUUAAAGGUGAGUUUUUCCCUCAUGCAUGAUGUUCAUACCUGUAGGAAAUAACCUAUAUGACUGAUGAUCUUUAAGGUUUUUCAUCAGCCGUUUUUUUUUUCUACUAAUCCCUCAUAAGGAACUGAAUACAUUUAAAAUCUGGAUCAAUUUGCGGACAGCAACAUUUCAAAAGGAGAAGUGGAGCUGUUGUAUAAGGCAGAGGUUGAUCAGCAUGUUAUAGAUGUUUCUGACAUGAGUGAAAUCAGAGCCACAAACAUUAAGUAUCUUGAAGCACCACAAUCUGACCAUCCAUCAAUACAGAGAAUCUGCAAGGUCCCUAAAAGUUCCCAUGUAGAGAGCAUAAGUGCAUGAUGUUUUUUUUUUAUUUUUUUUAUUGGAGUGAAACAUAAAAGCAGUGAAUAAAAAAAACUAUGGGACUCCUUUUAUUUGCAUCGAAAGACUAAUUUGCCCCGCCAAUAACUGCAUCCAUUCAAAGCCAUAGAGGCAACUUCAGAUUGGUUCCAACCUUCCUAAGAGAGUGAUAGGUGUCAGUAAACAGCUUGACAUUUGUGGGCGGGGCUUAGCUGGAGGCAGGCUAACUGGCACUAGCAAACAAGUUUUUCUUUUUUGGCUAAACUAAUAAUCAGUGUGUUUACAUGCACAGCUUGAUCAGACUAAACUCAGAAUUCUUUUUUUCCGCCGAAUCGGACUUCUCUCCUUGUCUGCGUUUAGAUGCAGCUGAGAAAAUCGCAUUAUUGUGGUGGACGUAUUCUCCUCCCAAAAACUAGGGGGCGAUAUGGGUCUUUUCAGCAGCGCUGUAUCCGGUUGACCCUAUACAACUGUCAACAACAAUAGCAGGACCGUGUCAAACAUCAGAAGUGUCUACAACUGCUGCUGGACAUUUUCGAGCAAGAAGAUGGAGCAUCGUACAGCGUUGUUUUUGUCCUACAUGAUGUAUGCGCUACUUCUUCUUCUCUGGUGUUUUUGUUGCAGGGUUAUGGGGGUGUGACGCACGCGCACAUGCAUUGUCCAAUCAGACUCCAACUUCGCUGUUUAGAUGGUAGAGAAAAUCGAAUUCCAAUCGCAUUAUCUGGGUGUCUUAAUCGGAGUUCUCAAACUCCGAUUAUAGUCGGACUAAGAUGUCUACAUGCCCUUCAGUUGUCCGGUCUUAAUCGGAGUAAGGCAAUAACCUAGGCCUAGGAUAAGUCCUGAGAUAAACUUACUUUUGCACAAAGGAGGACGACAAUUUCCCGUCCCUAAGUUAGUCGUCCAAUAUUCCAACAAAGCCUCUCCAUAGACUGUAUAAUAAAUGGACUUGGCAUGAAUGACAUUGCCCAUUUGUUUCAGACUAUUAAGGCCAACUGGUGGUAAAACGCUGACCCAUCCUAACUUUCAGCCAACCUACCAGAGGCGAUCCUUUAGCUACCUCACAAAUGGCUACAGCUUGUUGGCCUGUCAGUCAAGUCAUUUGCAAGUCUUGUAACCCUGAUAUCUUCAAAACAAAUGUCUGAGGGAUCGCAGCAUAACUGCUUUCAGAAAUAGGCUUUAAACUGUCAUUAUUCAUGAUGAAUCCACAAGGGGGCAGAGUGCUUCGUUGGGAAGAGUUGAAAGUUCGAGUUGUUAAGUAUGAAAGUGGCGAACACUUGUGACCCUUGUUCGCAGAUGUCGAUAGGAUUUGAGGGGUAACAUUGAGUUUAUUUGCAUGCGUUUACACUAAGAUAACACUAUAAAGUUUUUCAUACAUAUCCCUGCCACUAGAGGCCACUGCAAAACCUAAAACCUAAAAAACACACUUACACUCAUCCUUAUGAUGCCUUUUCGUAUGAUAAACUGAUUAAAUUUUAGUGCAGAAGUCCCCUUACUUUUCUGACAUGUUGCUGUUAAAGAGUGAACUGAAGAGCUUUACAGGAUUCAGAGUCACAAGUCUGUAAAGCAGCUUUCUCAGAAAAGGUUUGUAUUCUUAGAGAUUUUUAUCCCACACGGAGGUCACAUGGAUCCAGUGGUCAUGUUGUGUUCAUGCUUUGAUAGAAAUGUGAUGACAGACGAGCUGCUUUCUCAAACCUCAGAGGAGGAGAGAUGGCCUGCUGUGGCGUCGAGAGUGUUUUUAAAUCAAAACAUUCAAUCCUGCAAAUGCACGAAGACGUCAGCCUGAGACUAAAUAGACAAAACUAUCUGAUAGACAUCUCGUCCUUUGUGCUUUCUCUCUUGUCCUUCACAACAGAACUAAUUCUGAAUCAGUCUAAAUGAAGGAGAUCGGAUUUGACACAUUUGCAGGCCAAGAGGAUCUACGUUGUUGUGUUGUAAGGUCAACAAAAAAAACCUGAUGAUGGACCAGCAGCAAAAACUGCACACUUGUAAUUCAUUACCUGUGUUUGGUCAAGCUUUUGCAUGUAAAAUUUCGUCACUUUUGAAAAAGUCAAAGUUGUUUUUCUCAGUAUUGAUUAGGUUCUAAAAGAGAUGGACUUGUUGAGAAGUCACUGCGAGUUCAUUUAUCUGCAUCUUUGUCCGAUUGUUGAAUCAACUCUGGCUUGUGUCCAAGUUGGCGUACCAAGAUUUGUAAAUGGGAUAUCCCAACUAAGACCAAGCCGAUUUUAACUUAGGGAUCCAAAUUGAUUAGAGAUGAAUUGGUUAAUUGGAUGUAAAAGCAUUUUAAAAGAAUCAGUAGAUAAACCAAUAAUGUCUGCAGCCUCAUCGGUGUGGCUGCUAUCGACACAAACGUCCCCUUAGUUAAUAACGUUUGUCCUAUCACAGUUAACGUCUUAAACAGUUACUGGCUAGUGUUUGUUUGAUGUGCAGUAAAAUGAAGUUGCAUUAUGGUUAACUUACUGUUGGUUGCUGGUUUGAGUCUUGGCUUUUCUUUGUAAGUAUAGAACAUGUUCUUUCAAUGCAUCUGUGGGUUCUCUCUGUGUACAGUCCAAAAAGUCAUGUCAGGUUGAUUGGUCAUAGGUAGGGUUGCAAAGGGGCAGAAAAUUUCCGGUAAAUUUCCAGACACUUUCCAGCUGGGGAAUUUUAGACAUAUUAAAUUGGAAACUAUCCAUGGGAAUUAUGGGAAUUUAUGGGAAUUAUUGGGAAUUAACUGGAAAUUAGGGGUAAUUUAAACAAACUGUAUCAUAUCCAAACAUACAUGUAAAUAUUUUUGUUUUGUCAUAAGCAGUCAUCCAUGCAAAAUAAUGCAAUUAAAAAACAUGACAUUGACAAUUGAUGUAUGAAUUAUUGUAUGGUUACAGAAAACAGUCUUGCAGGAGUCAGAAGAAACGGCAUCAGAGUGUACUUGAAUUAAAUCUGGUUGUUUUAGCCAAGAUUAUGCUACAAUAUAUUUUCCCCAACUAUAUUUAAGUUCCCUGUCGAGGGCCAACCUUCAAUUUUGUAAAUUUUAGAUUUACUCCUGUUAAUUCCCAUGGAAAGUUUCCAACUUUGAAAAUUCCCGGAGUUUUGCAACCUCAGUCAUAAGCAUGUCUGUCAGACUGGGAUAGGGUCGAGCUAAUCGUGACUCCAAACAGAGAUAAAGGGAAUGGAUGGAUAAAACUUGAACUUUCAGUACUUGUACCUCUUUAAGGUUUGAUAAAAAGCACAGAGAGGUUAAAAAAAAGCUGGAACAUCCCUUACAACCCAGCCACUUUCCUGCAGAUCAUCUUCGGCUUUUACUCUUGUUGCUACAACUGAAGUUACUCAGCUCUUCACACCAGAGACAGAUCUGUUUCUUCGAAGUCAGUAGUCCAUACGAGCGGACUAUAUUAGACAAAGAGGCUAAAAAUAGAGUGAGUAUGUACAGUCCAGCUCUGUAUGCUGUACUGUGCUGUCGUACAUGUGUGGGUGAGGAGGUCUGAGUAUCGCUGAGCCGGCAGGAAGCGUGGGGAGUAAACAAAAGCGAUGCUCUCCGUAUCAGCUCUCACAGACUGAAAUAUCAGCGGCUGGCCGACCUCAUGAAGGCCCUCGGCUGAUGAAUCACCUCUGUCGACAGUUUCACAUCACAAUAGACGGAGUGUGAUGAGUGACUCCCAGAGGUGAUGUGGAGGAGGGAGAUGAGGAAGCACUGCGACCACACUCGUGAUUUAAAUGUUACUGUAAUGAGAGAGCAAGUGUCCGAUUCAGAGAACAAAAAAACAGCAGAUUUCAGUGACGUACGAUUCAGUCUGUUUGAUUCUGCUUUUCCUAAAGGGUAGAUACUGUUUUCUACUUUGCUGUGACUGCCAUGUUUACACUGUUGUGACAGCCAGACUGAAUCAAAACUGUAUUUCAAGCUGUUUCAUAAUUAUGAGUUCAACAGGAUCUAGAAAAGCUUCUUUUUAAGUUGUUCUCUGACAGCUUUUCAAAUGUAGAUUUACUGGAAAUGGUGGUGUCUUUUCCAUGCAGUUUCAAGACAAAAAUAUUGACCAAGAUGCAGACAAUGAGGUUAUAUAUUGUACCAAAAGAGGAAAAGGAAAAAGGUCUGCAGUUUGGCUUUAUUUUGAUCACUGGACAUGGCAGCUAGAGAAAUGUCUAGGUAACACUGAUUUAGAAGUAUGCUGAAAUUAAAACUGAUGAAAGGAGAUGGAAAAGAACAUGGUACAAGCUCUGCCAGGGGAAGAUAAGUGUGGUUCAGAUCAAGACUUUACCUCCUGGUCGUGGAGUUUGGUUCUGCUGCUACACCUCUUAAAAUAACAUGAACAACACCAGAGUGAAACUGUCUAUUGUUGGACUCUUCACCAUCCUGCAGACUGCUGAACAGUGAACCAUGAAAUAACCCGUCAGUGAGACUCUUUAGACAUGUCUCAGAGAGUCUGCUCUCAGCAGAUGGAGGUCUGCAGUCUAACUGAUGUCUGUCUGGGGGUCUCUGACAUGAAAACCUGCAGGACCUUUAGUUCUGUGGUUGGAUUUUACUCCAAAACUGUCUUGUUACAGGAAGACUGAGCAAACAAACAUUUGAAAUGUCAUGUUUAUUUGUUUCCAUCGAAAAAUCAGCCAUUUUACAAACUCAGUUUUGGUUUUGAAAAUCUGGUACAGCAGACAUUAUCGACUAAUCAGGAGGAUCCAUGCAGCCUGCUCAGAUUAUGCACACUGAAUAAAAUCUGCUGCUAAUUGGUGUUAUUAUUCUGCCAAGGCUUUUAACCAUCAUGCAUUUUGUGCCCCGCUUCAUUUUUUCCUCUCUGGCUAAAAACACAAUGAAUAUUUUCAUGUCAAGUCUUUAAUUGAGGAUGUACCUAUCACAAGUGGUUUAAUUUUAAUGUUUCCGUUUGCUGCAGUAAAUUAAGGUUAUUAAGGUUAAUGUUCUGGGAAUGGAGUAUUAUCCAGAAAGUAUCUGUCAUUUAUUCUGGGUGAGGGGGGAUGACUAGGGCAGAGGGUAUGGAUUAUUCUGGGUAUACAGUAUUUAAUGUAGUGUAUAUUCUACAUUUAACUUGGUAAAAGGGUAAAAUUCACGAGGUAUGUUUGUGUUUAUUUAGGUUAUAUUUAUUGUAUCAAGUAUAUUUUUUUGGCUGUGUUAUAUGUAUUCAUAAUUUAGGGCAAAUGUACGUUUUUUCAGUUAUGUUUUGGGCAUUUCUUCCAUUUUAACCAGGAUAAUUGAAGAAAAGGGUCUUCUUGGCAUUGUUGUGAUCCAGCCUGAACAGCUGAGAUUUAUCAGCACGGAGCCCCCGACUCUGUUUUCACUCCCCAGACUUCUCACUGUGUCCCAAAUACUGUCUGAAUUUGUCCUCAGAUACUCAUGAGGAUGCUCUGUUUCUUCUCCGUGUGUCUUUGUAGAGCGGCGUGAGGCAGAUGAGUCCUGCAGGGAUCUGAGAGGGAAGAAUUCAGAGUUCCCGCCGUGCAGACAGACCCCAGACUGCGAGCCCCUGCAGACCCGAAGGGACCAGCUUUACUUCACACGGUGAACUUCACACAUCAUCUCUGAGCUUCUGGCUGGACGUCGCUUCGGUUAAUGCAGCACAGAGGGCUUUUGUUUCUUCAACAACUUCCUUAUUUUCUUCUCUUUACUCUUGGACGAAAGAUUUCACCUUCAAAGUGAGGAGGUGAUGACUGACGGCUCAAUCUUUUCAGCCUGUGAAGAAAACUGAGUUUAAAAGCAUCUUAAAGGAGCCUUAGGGGGAUAUAAUUGGAUAUUUCUUACUGUUGAAUCAGCUUUAAAAAAGGAGUUUAUGAGAUCCUCUCUGUGAAUGUUUAUAAAUCAAACACCAGAAGGAAUCCAACAUCCUCAAAGAGGAAGAUUUCAUAUGGAAAAAUUCAGUAAAGACUAAAUCAUCACAUUCCUAACCACGAUUUUUUCCCCUUAAAAGGAGUCUGUUGUUUUAUGUGAACUUAGAUGUUUUAAAGCCCAGUGCAACAUUUUCUCAUAACAUCAUCUAAUUAAACAAACUAAAAAAAAAAAGGUGAUUAGAAGAAAAACUCAUAAGCUACCUUUGAGAUUUUUUUUCAUCACUUUUAUUCCAGAAAUGAGACUGAAUCAUGCCAGUAUAAAUGUGACUGUGCAUUUUUGGUUAUUACGGGAUGCUGCUUUUAAAUGAUGACAUGCACAAGCAAGACUGUGACUGCAGAGUAAUUUGCAACAUCCAGACAUGUGACAGAAAUUAUGAUUUCACUCAAUUUCUAUGAGAAAUAACGAUGGGAACUGAAGCCAUUUGGAUUUUCAAUCUUUAGUGUGAAGAAGCACGGACACACCACUUUUCAUUUUUUAGCAUUUUACACCUUUUUGUGAUGAUUUUUAGGAGUUGGGUGGCUGAAGCAAGUUCUCCUGGACACCUUUUAUCACUUUGUUGCUUGUCCUAAAUUCCUACCUUGGAUUACAGCUCGCCACACAGCCUACGCCGUCUUUCAACUGGACGUAUUUUUAGCUCUAAAUGUGAUUAAUUGGCUGACUGACUCUGGAGACUCUAGUCACAAGUUUGCAAAGUUUCAGAGGGAACCAGGACUUCAUAUUUAGCGCUCCUCCGCAGGUUUGAAAGCGUCUCUUCCUUCCUCGGGGGGACCUCUCAGCCCAUCCCGUCACCGCCAUGGUGAUGUCACAGGGCACCUACACCUUCCUGGCCUGUUUUUCCGGCUUCUGGUUGGUCUGGGCCAUCGUCGUUAUGCUCUGCUGUUUCUGCAGCUUCCUGCAGCGUCGGCUGAAGCGCCGCCAGGAGGAGCGUUUGAGGGAGCAGUGCCUAAGGAGUGUGGAGAUGGAGCCGCUCAGCUGUCACCCCGCAGGAUACCCGUCUGUUCCUCCUCCGCCUCCCCCUCUACCUCCACCUCCUCCUACACAGCUGCCGAGAGAGCCACCACAGUUCUACCCUCCACUUCAGACUCCAACACCAACCAUUCCCCUGCAGGUCCCUCAUCCCAUGCCACAGGCCAACUGGGUCACCAUGCCAGGUAACAUCAGUUGAAUCCUACUGUUAGUUUUCUUGAUUAUCGUUUCUCCAGAGGUCACAUCAGGUUAAGGUGGGACUGCGGGAUUCAGAAAAAGUCAACUGCAGUCCGUAAUGUGCAGUCCGCUUUCUCUAGAGCAACGCCUCAAGACAAAACGUCAUAGAGACACAAAGACCUCACAGAUGCAGGAGAUUAUUGUAUUGCAAAAGACAUGCGACCAAUAAGCACUUUUAAAUUUCAUUUAAGAGUAACAGGGAAAACUUAAGAUUGACAAGUGAUUUUUUUUAUAUCGUGAUGUAUCAAUAUCGACUGAUAUAACAAAAAAUAUAUCGUGACAAACUUUUUCCCAUAUCGCCCAACCCUACCCUGGAUGCGGCAUAAACUGCCCAUAAAAACAGAAUUUCAUGGUUAAAAGAACCAUGAUAAAGAUUAGAAAAUCUGAUAUUUAAUUGAAAAUAGUGCAAAGAUGUUGAAACAAACAAUUUCUGAUAUCGAUCCUUUACCAUCAGCUCUUCUCUAAACAACACUCGGUAGAUUUCUGAGAAACGAUGAGACUAGUUUCUGGACUUUUGAGAGUCCGAUGCCCUGGACUCUUCUACUACAGAGCCAUCAUGUUGCAAAACAUGCAAAGUAUUGUUUAGCAUGUUCUGUGUUAAAUGUCAGUCUGUCUUAAAUGGGCUCAGUCCUGGAGAAGUCACGUGUUCAAUCUGGCACAGACAUUAAAUAUUUUUUGGAAGUGAUUUUGCGCCCAUGCAGUGACUUCCACCACAGAGUUUAGGUUUUCUGUCUCCCUUUUGUGCAAAGAUUUCUCCACAAUGUAAAAUCAACAGAUUUUACCCUCACUCAGGCUCUCAUGGGAAGGUGCAUCUCUCUCCAUCUUUACUUCUAAGACACCCAGCCUCUCUGUAGAGCCUCCUUUUACACUCAGCCAUGUUAUGUACCUGUUGUAAAAUAAUGUAAACAGUUUGACAAUUUCCCUCCAGGUGUUAUUUGAUAUUAGACAUAUUUUUCAGUGCUUGCUUUUUCCCUUUCCCAUCUGUCUUGAAACCUGAUGCUGGCAUCGAUUGUCUGUGAGCAUUCAUUUUUAAUAUGAAGUCGUCUUUGCACUAAUUUGAAUUAUAUUUAUGGUUUAAAUGAUUUGCAAACUAACAGAAUCUGUUUUUAAUCAGCAUCAGAACUCUAUUUGCACAGGAGUUGUGAAAGCAAGACUGAAAAACCCAAGUCUGGCCACUUCUGGCUUUAAUGCCAAAAUCACACCUGUUCUUAAUUGCUCACCUGAAACCCCAGCUAUCUGACUUCAAAGACAUCCACCUUCUAGCAUGUUCUUGGAUCACCGUGUAUUUCAUUCACUGCUUCAUAAAUAAGAGGACUGAAGUGAGCAAGUCACAUGCAGUAAGAAAGGAGGAGGAAUACAUUCUGCUCUGUGUUAGAUACAUUUUUAUUAGACUAUCAUUUCCUCCACCUCCUCCUCCUCCUCCUCCUCCUCCUCGUCCUCCUCCCUCCUGCUGGGCAGCAUUCCCCGCGAGGCGUCAUGGUGACAGCUGCUGCUGGGACGUGGGUGGUGACUGUGGAGUAACAACACGGGCCGGCACAGCUGAGAUAUAGAAAGAUGAGAAGAGAGAAGCGAUUAGAGAGGUUGUAGAAACAGGAGGAGCACACCUGCACAUGAAAGACAGGAUUGAUCUCUGUAAUCGCUCCUCUGUGAGGCUCUGCUUUGUGUCAUAACUCCACAUCCAAGUCUGUAAGACACUCAGCUCGGUAUAAAAGGAUGUACUUACAGUUGAAUCAAAGCUGAUGAACGUCUUCUGGGUUGAUUCAGCAAGCGAUUGUCUUUGUCCAAGCUAGAGUCAGUUAUUUUUUUAACUUCAGAGCCUCCGAAUGUUGGACCAGGGUCUAUAAAACCAAACCAAAAGAGUUAGUCCAGGCAGGCCAUGAUCUGAAUGCCAGCUCAUGUCCACUUUGCAAAUAUUAAAAUGCACAUUACAUUUAAACUGCUUUAGCCUUCCUAGUCUUACUUGCCCCCAUCCCUGCUCCUUCUUUCUAAAGCGUGUCUGAUUUUACCUGUAUCAUAUGCAUUACUAUUGAUAAUUCACGGGUUCUUUGCUGGUGCUUUCCCUGUCUUGGCCUUUUAUGUCCCAUGGUUGACAUAAAUGUCCAAAAACCCCUGAGUUAUAAUACUAUAUCUGUACUUUACUCAAGUAUGUGGCUUACAACUUCAUUCUCCAUCUCUGGCUUGAACAGUCAAAAGAAAUAAUCACGUUUCUUGUUGACAAUGUUCUACUGCUGUGUAGUUUUAUAGAAAGUUGCAAAGGAACCCACUGAGCAAAAGAUGGGUAUUAGAUGGCUAGUCUAAACUUGUUCUAAAUUUAGACGUCUAAAAUACUUUAAGUUUUAGACUUGUGGUAGCCUGAUUUUAGACCAGUAGUCUAGGCUACAUUAAGACGUCUAUUAGACCUCCUGUAGACCAAAAAAUGCUCAGUGGGAAGCAAAGACAACUGAGAGAGUUUGUAGCUCUAUCUAGGCAUUAACUACACCAACAUACCUCCAGAGAUGAUCCAAAACUGUAAAGAUGUUCCAGUCUGAGGGAUGGGAUCCUUCUUAAAUUACUGAAGUAAAAUAAAAGUGAAUUGUGAAUUAUGAUUAGGGAUGUGCGCGACUAGUCGGUUAAACGCUGCAUUAAGCAUCAUGCAUCUUGUUCCUCACGCCUCUGCCUCGUCUUCUUUGUAAACAGGCUGAGAGAAUUACUCCUCCUCCCCUCCCACCACACGCACACGUAGCAGGGGGCGGAGCCACAAAGUUUGGGGAAUAAAGUUUGUAUGAAGAUGGCGGCAGCAUAUCGCGGGGAAGUCAUUUCACAAAUCAGCUGUGUAGUCUUAGCUGUGCGGCGAGCGCCACAGCGUCUGUCUGGAACAAACGCUCUCAUGCUCAUCUGCCUGGCCCCGCCGCCAUGUCCGCCGGGCGCGGCCUUACCAUCUUCGCACUGCAGGUUUACAUCGAGGUGUCUUCUCUGGAUGUGGUUUCUCAUCGCCCUGGUAGAGUGGUUAUAAGCGAGUUUCUGCUUACACAACCGACAGACGACCUUGUUGUCAAAAUACUGCCAAACGGUGCUGAUUUUCUUGCGCUGUAGGACGUUUGCUGCAUCCAACUUUCAUACUGAAACAGUGUUCAUAAUAAAUGCCAUGCAUUGCAUUGGCAAACGUAUCAGAAAUGUAUUUCUCUUUAAAUUGUUCACCUUUAUUCAGUCAGUUGUUGUUACAUGCUUAGUCGAAAUUCCCAUCCCUAAUUUUGAUUUGAUGAUUGUUCCAGAUAAAAGGUCAGAAUGAUCACCAAAGAUUGGAUAUUUCAUCCUGAAGGGAACGCGCAUAUUUACACAAAACUUGUUGACUCUGGAAAUGGCAGAGGAGCAGAAGUUUCAGGAUUAUCUAUCUGGAUCUGCACUAAGAGUUGAAAUGCAUUGAAUGAAUCCCACUUGGAUGAAUCUCUGAAGUGUCAGACAAACUUUAAAAGCCGGUGAUUUUACAGCUGCUUUGUAGAUUUGUGUGUUAUGAAAACAUGGCAGAUAAUGACCUAAUUUAGCAGGAACUGAUUCAGGUGUCAGUUUACGUAGCUGGUCAUGAGUCCAUCCAAAUUCCCAAUAUUCAGAAGACUCAUGCAGCACAAGAGGUCUAAGAGAAGCAACAUUAGUCAAAUUUGCAUCAUUGAGCGGUCGUCCCUCCCAUUCAAAAUCCUCACAUCUUCUCACAGCCCGGGGUCAGUGUGCUCUUCAAAAUUUGUGAAAUGUAUGGAAAUUCAUUCAUGAGUUUUGGGCAAAUUCUGCUUGGAGCUCCCAGUGGAGGUAAACAAAAAGCAGCUGCACUUUUCGGGACUCGGGGCUUUAGCUUGAAAAUGACUUUCACAGGCAACAUGAAUUGUAAAAGGCUCCUGAAAUGAGAAAAGGUGCAGCUGCUGUGAGGAUGAUUGUCAGAGCUGGGGAGCAUUAGUAUUAAAUAAGAAUUCUGACAUUUCAUACAGAGAGCUGAGAGAAGUACAAUCUCUCAAUAGGCUGGAAAUUUCAUUUCUGGAUCAAACAGUCACUAAAGUUCAUCUUUCUUUUACUUCAAUGCUGCAGAGAGAAUUAUGAGUGGUUCAUCCUUGAAUACAAUUGACCAGAGAUCAGACAACAAUCUCAACAUCUGCAGAUUAAAACAUUCAAAGCAACAAGUUAAGAGACUAAAAUCUGUGGUCAGGGAGAAGAAGUGAAACCGACAGAUUCAAAGCCCUCAGGAAUCUGUUGCUGGAGGGAUGAAGUAAAGAAGGAUUAGGGUAGAGGAGAAGAAAAGCUGGCAGGAGGAAAAGAGCAGCAGCUGCUGUCAGAGAUGCUUCGUGAGCUCAGACAGACAGAGAGGAUAAAACAAAAGGCUGCUUGAGUCUCCCUUACUCUGCAGACUGAUGGAGAGGUUUAGUUUCUAAGCAGCGGAGGAGUGAAUAGAAGCAGGAGGAGAAGCAGCUGAGAACAGCCAGACGAGUCAGGCACUUUUGGAGGAAGAGAGGAGGAGGAGGAGGGAACUGUAUCUUUACAUUUACAUCUCAUGCAUUUUUGUGCAGCUAACAUUUGUCUCGCCGUGUCCAAACAGAUGUAAAUGUUUGCAGCGUCUUUUAGGAUACAGACGGUUCCUGUGCACUUGACUCAACACCAUCAGCUGUGCAUGAAGGUCUAGCCCAGAAAACAGCUUGUGCUAAUUCGAACCAGGUUGUAGUCUCUGUUAAAUGUACUUAGUGACUUAAAGCGAGGUUUCAAGAUCUUACAAAUGUUAUAGAAGGUCUGAGAGUCAAGCACUCGUCUCCUGGAUUUCCAAUAACUCUCUUCGCUCUUGUAGAAGCUAUCCAGGAUCUUAAAAAGUGUUUCCAGAUCCUGCUCGAGUUUCUUACAUUUUCUUGGAUGUUCCAGACUUUGAGGGCUUCGCAAGUGUUUUUCAGGAUUUCGCAAAAGACUCUCAGUGUUUCAAAAGUGUUCCUUGAGCUCUUGCAAAACUUUUGGAGUAUUUCAUAGAUGUUCCUCAGAAUUUAAAAUAAAAAAUAAAAAGCAUUCUCUAGGUGUCUGGAAGUUUUCUAGUUCUCUUGAUGAAUUUUCCAAGACUUGAAAAGGCUGGAGAAGAUCUUGCAAAAGUUCCUCAAGAUCAUACCUUUUCUUUUAGAAUUUCCCAAAGGUCCUCAGAGCUGGCAAAAUCUUUGUGUAAUCGUGUGAAAUCCUGAAAAAUGUCUUAGUAUGCACUGGGUUUCUGAGGUUCCUUGUGAUCAUGCAAAAGUUGGGAUUCUUGCGAAGUUGCCAUGGAUCCUACAAAAAUUCUUGAGAUUUUGGAAAUCUGAUCGUGAAAAAGUUUUUCAGGGAUUUUGUAAAGAUUUUUCAGGAUUUUUCAAACAGUUUUCUGGGAUUCUGCCAAAAAACGAAGUUUGGGGAUUUGGCAAAAGUUUCUUAAGAUCCUGCAAAUUGUUUCUACGGACCCCACAACAGUUGAUCAAGAUCAUGCAUCUGUCAGACAGUCUCAAAAAGGUUUUCAGAGCUUACAUAAUGUUAUUAAAAUCUUUCAAGACUUUUUAAGAGUUCAACAUUAGUUCACUCAAAACCUACAAAACUUUCUCAGGAUAAAGUUUACCUCAGAUCUUGCCAGAGUUGGCAAGGAUUUUCAGGGAUUGCAGGAUACAUCAAAAGUUUUCUUGGAUAUCUAAAAGGUUUUUUAAAAAAGACCUUCAGAAUUUCUGGAAAAAAAGUUUCCUCCUAAAUAUUGUUGAGGUCAUGCAUGGGCUUCCUGGGAUCUGACAAAAGUUUCCAGGGAUCGUAAAAAAGUGUCCAAGCAUAAAGUAAAAUUUGUCAGUUUCUUUAGUUUUAUCUUCAGUAUCCCACGAUCAUGCAAAUAGUGUUUUUGGAUCUUGCAAAGUUUCUCGAGAUUUUGUAAAUUACUUUUAUGAAUCUUCCAAAAGCUUCUCGUAAUCUCACUAAAGUGCUGCUUCAAAAGUUCCUUGGGAUAAUUCAAGGUUUUUUUUGCAGAAGCUCAUUGAAAUUAAACUUUAUUUUCAUCUCCAACAAAUGGAACCAAGUAGACAAUAAAAAGCAAGUGUCUGAAAUUUGACAUUUAAUAGAAGCAGAGGGAUCAGAUUUAUGACCAAGCCACAUUUACCAAUACUGUUUUACGUCAGAAUAAGUUGCAUCACUCACGGUUAUGAAUCUAUAUUUUGGGUAAGGUUCAGAUAAUACAAGGUUCAAAGAGAAGUCAUCCUGUCAACAUCUCCUCCAGGGUUGAACGGCUUAUGUGCUGUUGGCUAUGAUGUUUCAUUUCUUCCUCAAAAACAGUUAAAUCUUUCAAACAGUUUAAUUCCUACAAAGGUUUUGGACUUGCUUGUUAAAGUGACAAUCCUACACUUUCCAUUCAAAUGGAUGUAAGAGCCCUCGAAUCAAAGCUGUGAAACAGCAAUUAACUUCAUUGUCUUGCACAUUCGUUAUGUUUUUAUUCAAAAGGUUAAUUAAUAAUUCAUUCUCUGUGGCACCUCUGGCCCGCUGUGUCUGACACAGAGAUGUGAUAUUGGUUCACUUUGGCUUUUUUGAGAGUGAUACAUGCCGGAAUAAAAAGAAAAUGCUUUCAAAUGCUUGAAAGCGUGACAGGAGAUGGAUUUUAAAAUGACAUGAGUGAGUGGGUCACACAAAAAAAAACACAGAUUUUUAAGCGUCCCACACAGCCAGCAUGUCUUUUAGCUCUGGCAGCUUUUGUAGAGUCAUCCUGACCUACACAGAAAGUUCACAUGGGGAGCAGCUGGGUACAGUUUUCGGUCUGUUGGAUGGACAGACAAGAUGAAAAGAGGAAAGAGAGGUGUAGUGAAAAGUGGGUUUCAAAAAGGUGUAAAGUAUUCAGUGCAGGUAGUGAGCACUGUUUGAUUAUACAGCUGUCAAGGGUUUAUACACAGGUGCUCAAUUUACACACAGUCAAAAGCUGAAUAUCAUAUACACAAAUAAUAAGCACAGCUGACCUGUAUCCAACGUAUUUAACGACAUUUUCAGGACCAAAAAACUGUCUGAGACAGAACUUCAAAAUAAAAGCACUGUGAAAAUAAGGGGGAUCUCUUGUCGAGAGGAACUGGAUCAGGAUUUUACUUUGAAAAACAUUCCAGAAGAAAGAUCAUAGUAUAUAUUUAUCAUGCUUGUGAAAUAAACAUUGCUGACACAGCACAUGGCUUCAGGAAAGCUCAUGCUCAUGGUCCUAACAGUCUUAUUUGUUGACACGCACAAAAAAGUCAAGCUGUUCUGCGGCUGUAAGGUGGCGAACACACUUCCUGCAUGAAGCGCGAGGUGAGAUAUUAUCUGCUGCAGAGACACAAGCAAGAUCAGGAACUGUGCAAAACUAUACUAAACCAAACCAGACCUCUUGUUUGAAACACACCAUAAGGGUCUAAAUUGGACUUCUUAAAGAGUAUCCUAAGCAGAGGUUUCAUUCAACGCUAUCAGCAGCACCACCCAAAUAACCUUCUCCUAAUUAAUAAGUACGUCCCACAGCCUCACUUGAAAACACCUGAACUGUCCCUUUAAUCUUGUGUUUGUGUAGCUCUGUAACUCAUAGAGUGGCUGUCACAGUUUACUCAUCUCAUUCCUGCUUAAAUGGCUUUAUGACAAACUGUGUCCUCGCAGAGCUGAAGCCUCCUGAUCCUCUGAGCAGAAACAGAUUCAUGUGUGUGCAGCUGAUGUUUAUUUAAAGCACUUCUGGCAGCUGCUCCCAUGUUUACAGCUCAGGGGAGUUAAAAUACAGGGAGUCUGAUCCUGUAGGUAUCUGUGAAGGAUGAUGGAGGAGUGAUGAUGGACUUUGGCCAGGUACACACACACACAGAAAGAACCAGAUUUGCUCCUAUAAAUACAUUCAGAUACAUGGCAACAGUUCAGCAAACAGCUGUUGAUCUACACUAUGAGGUUUGUUGUUGUGACGGAGGACUUGAGGAUGGAUUUGUUUCCCUAGGUCAGUGCUUAAAAGUUGGGUAGGCAGGAUCUGAGGAAGUGCCAGUUUUUGGGAGAAAUCUUGAAUGUAAACACUACCCCUCCAAAACAGUUUCUCCUCCUCUCCCCUCCCUCUCUGCUCCAGCAAGCCCCGCCCACAAACAGACGCUCCUGCUCGCUCGUAUCGUUCCAAUUAAAUUCAGAUAUAAUGCAGAUAAAUACUUCAGAUCAUUACAAAUGGGGCCCAGUCAAGGUGAAAGUAAACAGCAUUGGUGCUACUGUAGAUGCCAACAGACGACCAGCAAAUACAAUGUUUGCAGGACUUGUACAACAAGGAUAAAGUGACAUAGUCCAGGACCCGAGGUCAACAGUUUAGCGAUGGCGCUACAACACGCUACAGCAGGUCCCUUUGACAAGAAACACUUCUGUUACAGACACUUGUCUUACUUUGUUAGAGCGGUUUACCUGUCCAGCAGAAAGGUUACAGGGUCACCAAGAUCCUGAAGUGUUCCCUAUUGUUUCAUGUUGACCCGGCUCUUAAGCUCUUGUCCGGUCUACCUCUGUUUUAAGCGCCCGUUAUUCCGCCAGAGUCUCUGGUAUUUACCUCGUUUUCUUGCUUGUGUCGGCAGUCGUGGCCAAAGGAGGAUUCAGACAAUUUUGCGUACUCUCUGGUCGGUUUCUACUGUUCGACAUUGUAGCACGCUAACUUUGGUUUGGGCUCGUGAACGUUAUUCGUGGAGCGUGCCUCACACCAUGAGGAAGCAGUGUCUGCCUCACAACCAAUCAGGAUGGGGGAGGCGGGGAAUGGCUUUGUUUACAGUCAGAAAGAGCGGGCCGCUCAAAAAUGUUAAAAUGUUGACUACACAGACAUAACAAAACACAGCGAUAUUGUGAUAUUCCCAGAUGUCAUCAAUAACUCACAGCAAUUGUCUGAUAUCAAAAGCUGUUUUGUAUAAACACCACAAAGAAGAUGCUUCCUUUAACAUAUUCCUUCCUGCUCCACCUUUAAGACAAACAUUUCAAAUCACUUCUGAAGUUUUUACAUAUAAAUACAAGAAUUUCUCUCACCUGAAGCCCAGCCUACACUAAAAGAUUUGAAGCUGAAAACGUGAGGGACUAAACACAAACGGAAAGUUCUUCACAAGACCUUUAUGCAUUCCCAGAAAAGAAGUCAAAACGCCAAGAAUAAAGUUAAAAUUCAAGCAGCAUUUGCACAUAUCGAGGUCGGGUGCACAUAGAUAGGCCAAGCCAAGAUACAUAAGCCCAGGUUAAACAUGCUGGAGAAAAACUAUGUCAUUAACUCUCAAAGUAGAAGGCAAAAUUCAACAUCAGGAAAAAUGUUUCAAUACAACUCAAAGAUAAAAGUCAUUUUCAAGAAAGAAUUUGCAGGGAAAUGGGGAAGUAACACUUGGUUUUAAAGCUGUUUCAAGAUUUCUAUAGUUAUCACCUCUUUGAACUGGAGUGGGAUUUGACAACUUCAUCAUUUUAAAGUGCCGGGUGUCAGUCAGAGUCAGGUCUGACACAAAAAACCCAACAAUAAUAAGACUACUCAUACAUCAAUAAACCAAGAAUACUACUGUCAAACCAAAAUCACAAGUCACCAGCAAUAAUUUCACCCAAGAAAAGUCGAGCACCACAACAUCAUAUUUUUGCAACCAACAAUGAAAACCAAGAGUAAAGUGUGUGUGUGUGUGUGUGUGCGUGUGUGUGUGUGUGUGUGUGUGUGUGUGUGUGUGUGUGUGUGUGUGUGUGUGUGUGUGUGUGUGUGUGUGUGUGUGUGUGUGUGUGUGUGUAACGCAGUUCAGUUCAUUAAAGUUUGCCCACAAUGAGGAGAAAGAAACAAAAAAGUCUGCUCAAUCGAUCAGUUCCACAUCCACAGUUCAACGAAAAUCAUCAGGAGUCAUUUGCUCACGAUUUUAUCCCAAAACCCAGAAAAGAAAACGGGAGCCCGGCAGCUCUGUCACAAAACAAAACAAAAAUAUUAAAACAAACUCUGUACUCACGACUUGUCGUCAGUCAGUGGAUCAGGAAGUUGGGGAAUAAUUAUUCCAGGAAACAGCUCCAAACUCCAGCACAUGACAGAAACAAUCCCAAAAUCCUGUCGUAUGUCGGCCGUAUAAACUCCACCGAUCGGCGGAUCACUCCGGUGUUCAAUCCGGACCAAGAACUUCAGCAAACGGCACUAAAACGGACUGAAACCGGCUUUAGCGGCUGUAAUAAACCCGCGGGUGACUCUCUGCUCUCCUUUACUCCCACCUAAAAAACACUUCCGGGGUCCAGGAUUUAAACUGACCGCGGUAUUGUGUCGUGCUGUGAUUGGUGGAUUUGGAGUUUGCGGGCAUUGAAACAGAGCAGGUGUGACAGAAUGAAUCACGGGAAUGGUGCGGUGAUCAUUGGGCGUGAACUUAGCGCGGGACCUCUGAUUGCCUCUGAUUGGCCAUAAGUGCCGAGCUCCGAUUGGUUAUUCCUAAUGGUGGUGAAACGCCAUUUUCUGUGGGGUUAGGGUUAGGAGAUUCACAAGUGCCAUAAUGUUCUGUAAUGUACGUAUGAUGAGGUUUCCAGCUUUUCUAGCCAAUCAGAAGCUAAGGAUGAGGGACUUUCCCAUACUGUCCUACAUAAAAAUAUAUCGCACGCGCGGGCGCUACAGAGUUUAACAAGAUGUUCACAAGUAUUUUUUUUAAAUUAUAUGUAAUGGAUCAAACAGCAGGUGGCUCUGAACAAAAAGUUUAAACUCACACAAAAACCAUGCAAGAUUAAAUCAAAUUAUGACUGGCUGGUACUUCCAGUUAAAAGGGCAAAAUAAGCACAGUAUUUACAUGCUUUUUGUUGCUGGGCAAGUUUUUAUUUUUCCUUUGCAAACCUUGAAGGUCACAUUUGGGGCCCUUAUAGCUGUAAACUCAAUGAUUAUAACUUUGUUGCAUGGCAACAGUGGAUGAGGCUACUACGUGUUGGGUUCUUGAAUGUUUUAUAAGGCCUCACGGACAAAGGCUGGGCUAGAAGACACCCAGAAACGCUUUGGAUUGGAACAUCAUAGAGCAAAUUCCCAGGGAUGAAGAAAAAAAUCAAACAAGCUAAGAUUUCUGUCAGAGGGCUGUGGCGCUUCACAAAUCAAAACAAUCUAUUUUGAAACUCUACACUUGUGAGUUUAUGCCAUAAUCGUGUAGCCUGACCCCCAAGAACUCCUAAACACUGCAUCUCAAGAGCUUCCUCCACUGUUGCCAUGUAACAAAAUGAUCUUUUGCUGAUUUACAUGUUACUGAUUUGGACCCUGAAUCUGACCUGGAUAGUUUAGAAAGGAACAACAACAAAAAAACCUAGUAUUGAGGAACAGGUAAUGUUACGUGCAUUAUGCCCUUAUAGGAAGAUUUACCAAUAAGUGAUGUCACAAAUUGAUCAAAUCAGAAGCAGCUCUCUCUUAAUUCUUUGGAUUUUUUUUUUAAUAGGUGGUUUAGAGCAGCUUCCAGUUCCAUCCAGUGAUUACUCCAAUACGUUUUCUCAUGUUCAGCCUUGACAGCCAAUAUUUUUACCUAAUUUCGUUUUAAAUUAGAGGAAAAGAGCACCUCGUGAAGAUGUUUACUCAUAGCAUUUUUGUGUCGCAGUGAAUUGUAAACAAGGCAACCAGCCAACGGUUUGUAAGGAUGGUGCCGAAAUGCAUUCCUGAAGAAAAGCCAACAUUGCUGUUCAAGAGUGAAGAAAAACCUGCCUUUAACUACUCUGAAAUACUGUGGUGAUACUAAUCUGGUGAUUUAAGGAGAAACGCUUUUCUUUGCCAAACGAACGCCAACACAGUCUGAGCUCUCUGCCUCCUGCCCACAUAUCUAACACUUGGUCUGAAGUUUCCUCUAUACUGACUGAAUGGUAAAUGGAGAUGUAAAAUACUCUUGUAUCACAAUCAUUUUGAUUAUAUUUCAACCUUGAGAAGCAAUUGUUCAUGGGUUUUAUCGCAUAACGCAGUCACCCCUUCAUUGGAAUAAUUAACCCCUUAAUGAAAACGUAAUUCACACAACACAUGAGCAUUCAAAGCAUCCAGGCAUGUGAAAAUAACAUCAAUUCCUCUCCUUUUCCCUGUCAGACCUGACUACGCACUGCCGGUAUUUUUGUCAGACAGCAGCAACAGAGCUGUAAAUGAUUAAGCCUUUAGAGAGAAGCAGGAGGACGGAAAACAAGAGUGCCUAAAAUAGCAGCGAGUGAUAACUAGCAAUAAAAUGUGUGUGAGAGAAAGAGACCAAAUGUGCCGUGAUGCUUUUUGUUCUCACAGCUGAAAUCAUCACAUGUAUCGCAGCAGGAUGGAGUUGAUAACAAUCGUUUGGGUUUCGACCUGCAGAUGAAACGUGCUGUUGCAGCACACUGACGCACUCACAUUUAUUUACAAUGGCUAUACUCCAGAUGGUAUCAUGUACGUAUGAUACAUUAUUACGUGCAGUUGGUGUUGAGAACUUAUACACCUUUCCUGGUUUAUCACAUCAAAGAUAGUGGAUGAUGGAGAACAAAGUACAUAGUUUUUUCUACUUUUACUUUAAUUUAAGCAUGUUGGUGUUUGGUUUUGAUGGAGGUGAGAGCAGACCCACCUGAGGUGUUAACAGGUAACGCUCAUCUAACAUCAGAUGAUUUUUUAAGCAAAUAUCAAAGUUGGUGACAAUUUCCUGAAGUCAAAAUAAAACCAUGAGAGUUUUCCUGAAGAUCUGGUUGUGGUCUUAAAACUCAGUCCAGGCUGUUUUUAACAUCAUGGCAUUAUAAGAAAGUCAACCCUGUCAAUAAUGUGAAUCUAGGCACCCUGCAAGACCCCCAUUCUUUGUAGUAUUAAAGGUUUUUCACUCAGUGACAGUGCUUUUGAUUAUGGUGCCAGAACCUUAUGUACACAUAGCUAUAAAAAAUACUCUGGCACAGCUGUUUCAGAUAAAAAUGUCGUUCAGACACCUAAACUGUCUCCUGCUGUAGAGAUGGACAUUUUAAAAUGAGACUCUUGAAGCGCAGAAACCCCCCAGUGGACACCUUAGAGACUGCAGUGUUUUUGUGUUCUUUCAUGAAAGGGAAAAUGGACUAGCUUGAGGUUCUUAAAGAUGUUUGUCAUCCAGCUGUAAUGGACUGGGUGGUCACCUGAGAUCUGUUAGCAGGGUUGUUGACCUGGUUUCUCCUGAAGGCGUGCCAUCCUGGGCCUCAUCAGGUGUGCCAUUCUUGCAUGAUGUCAGAGCCUGUGUCAGAGCCUGUCAUUGAACAUGAAAGCGUUGUCUCGAUUGCUGUCAAAAAGAUUCCAAAGUUAAAUUGUAAGUGAGGGAAAAGAAGUGCCUUAGCCAGAUGAGUGGCUAGGACUCCAGCAAGAUCUUCUAGUCAGGACUGACAUCUCUAGGAUACAGGACACUCCUUUGAGGACAGCAAUGUUAGGAUUCUUGCCAGGGAAGACUGCUGGUUUGAAAGAGGUGUCAAGGAAGCCAUCUUUGUCAAACUGUAGAAACCGUCCUUGAACAGAGGUGGCAGAAUAAGGCAUUUCUUAUCCCCCACUUAGAAUCCCACUUGGAGUCCUUCAACAGCAAUCAAAACAAUGCCCUUGCGCUGGAUAAUAGGCUCCAACAUCAUGCAAGCAUGUCAAGCCUGAAGAGGCUCUCAGGUGACCACCCAGUCCAUGAAGAGACCUUCUGGAAGAGAGGUGAAACAUCUUCAAGAAACUCACAUCGGUCCAGUUGUCCUUUCAAACGAAAAAUUGGAUAACCAUGACGUGGAUGAAUGAGGACCUACACGGAUAGCUGAUUCAUGUUAAAAACACUCAAGGUUGUCUUGUGAUUGACCCUAUUCUCCUCUUUUCCCAUUUCAGACACAGAUAUUUUUGGAAUGCCGCCCUGCUAUGAGGAGGCAGUCCUGAUGGAAGACCCUCCUCCACCCUACAGUGAGGUCUUAGCUGACCCACGAGGGGGCACCUACAUAAAGCCUGCCCCCCUCAGAGCUGCACCAGUGCCACCUCCCCCAAGAGAACACUUGGAUCCUGCUCCAGUGUUCACGUCAGAGACCAGCAAACCUCCUGUGAUGACUGUAUUCCCUGAGCGAGGUUACUCGUCCUUGAUCCGCUUGCCUUCAUCACAGCGCUGGGACUCUCUGGGACAUCUCCUCUCCAAUAUGGACUUGAACCACAACAACCUAACUCCACCCGGGGCUAGGUCCGUGCAGGCUGCAGCUGCAAUGGCCACCAUGCCCCGCAGAGAACCCAAGACUCACCGCGAUGGACUUGGGCUACAAGGUGGACUCCAAGGAAGCUUGCAGAGAUUCCAAGGAACCAUACAAAGAGGGACUCAAGGAUUCCAAGGUGGGGUACAGGGGUACCAAGGAGAGUUACAGGGGCUUCAGGGGUUGCGUGGACUAAGGGGGUAUGAGCCCACCUGUGGCCUACCAACAGCCUACCCUCUGCUGGGUCGGAGCACCGCUGUCUAAGUGGACCAAUCCUUUCACUUAGAAGAGCCCUUGAACAGGAGAUCUGUGGAGACGGAUCUUUCUGCUGCUGAGUGUUUACAGCAUUAACACUGCUUAAGGUAACAGAUCAAGAGAGCCAAACAAGAGUUCAGAUCUGUGGGCAGGAGUGCCACUCACUCCGCUUGGAUCCUGCCUUUUAACUGUGGGUGUAGGUAACACUGUUUCAGAGCGUUGUUGUUGAGUCACAGAGUUAUCCCGGAGUCAUGUGAGGGCUAAUCGAGUCGAGGUGUGUGUUUGACAGCAGAUGAGAAAAGACAUGAAACUAUAAUGAGGUAAAGGAUGAGCAACUGUUCCUCUUUUUUCAUCCAGCCCAGGGGUCUCAAACCAGGGGCCGGCACAUGAGCCAUCACCGGCCCCCAAUACAAUUUUUAAAAUGUAAUGAUUUUUUUCCAGUUGUUUAUUGCUCAUUCAACUACCCUGUGAUAUAAAUCAAAAUUUAAAACACAGAUUCAGUAAAAUAUAGUGAAUAUUUUUUGCUAAGGUCAAAGGCUAAAGUGCGGAUGAAGCAAAAAAAUUUGAUGAAUAACACAGACAGUUCCAAGGACAUUCCAGCGUUUGUUUGUGGAGUUUGAUGGAAAUAUCACCUUCCUGGAAUGCAGGGAAAAGGUGGCUGUUUUGAAGGAAUAUCAUCUCAAAUGUCAUUACUGGACCAAACACGAAGAACAGUACAUUGUUGCUACAGAAAGGGCCAACAUCCCAGCAGAGUUUUUUCUACAACGCCAAGAAGGAUGCUGAUGGUGCAAAAUCGUCAGAGCAAGGCAGUUCUUCAGCCAAGGUCGGUUUCUGAAGGACUGCCUGUUGCAAAACGUUGAUAUCCUGUGUUCAGAAAAGAGGAAUUUGUCAACAGUAUUUCUCUUUUAGCCCAAACUGUGGCAGUGCGGAUCAUUUAUGAUCAUUUUGAGAGAAAGCCAGGCGCUUCACUCCACUCUCCAUGUUGUAUCUGUUUUUGUGAAAUGAAUGAACUACAUCAGGUCCAGAAGUUUACAGCUUUGCUAGUUCUGGCCUUUUUUUUAGAGGAACUUGAAUCAGCGUAUGGUGAUAUUCUUUACUUUACUGAGGUGCUCCGCAGGGGUAACGGCCUGAAGAGAUUUAUGGAAGGUAGCAGGACUGAUGUUCCUGAAUUUGAUGAUCCAAAACGGGUCAUGGACCUUGCAUUCCUUGUGGACAUAACACAGGAGCUCAACAUCCUCAACCUGGAGCUUAGCAGGUUAUCACAGCGGCUUCUGCACAAAACUGGGAAUGUAAAAAUCUCAGUGAUUUUCCAGCAUGCAGAUCUCCUGUGGAGGAAGGCACAGCAUUCAGUGGUGAGGACUACAUCUCUGCUAUUCAGUCAUGUAAUGUGUCUUCUUGGAGCUAUACACUACCUGUGUGAGAAGCUUUUCUGAACAAUGAACGUUGACAAGUGCUAGUACAGAUCCAGGCUUAUCUCAAAGCUGAACUCAGGGUUUCAACUGUGACCUCUAUCAGGGCAAAUGUGACUCAACUGUGUGAGCAGAAGCGCCGUCAGGUAUAUGGUUAGAAAGGGAUACAUAAAAAAAAUGUACUGGGAGCAUUAAAAGUCAUUUUGUUAAAAUAAAGGAAGGACAAGACAUUGUGAAAAUGACAUUGUAAUUGACAAGAGUUGCUCCAGUUCAAUAGGAAAGAUGACAGAUGACAGAACCAGUGGUGGCCCCCAAGCCAGUUUGAGUUUGAGACCCCUGAUCCGGGCUGAUUGGCCUUUAUUUUCAUUUACACCUCCCCUUGUCACGUCGCCCUCUUAUUCUGCUCUUUCCAUCCCUCCCCUCCUUUUCCUCUCUCUGUGACUGAGAAACCUAUUGUACCAGCCUGCCGUUACCAUGGCUCCCGGGAACUGUCAGACGACCUCUCCUCCUUUAGCUGCUCUGAUUUCUGAGAACUGUGUUCACGGCUUCUGAGCUUUCGAGGACUUCAAGUAUCACCAAUUCCAAAAGACCAUGUGCUGACCGUCAGUGUCAAGUUAGUUAUAGAAAGCCAGUGACAGAAGGUGGAGUACCACAAGCUACAGUGAACCAAACAUACACGGACUGAAUUUUUUACCUACUGUUUAUCGGUUGAACGUCGUCUUUAGUAUAAACUGUUAUCGUUUGACUCCAUCAUGGUUGCAGGAUGGCAGUAGAUGGGUCAUCAUGUGAAAAAAAAAGUUUUUCAUGCACAUUUUUCAUGAUUCUUUAAGCUUUGUGACCUUUUUUUUCCUCUUGUGAAAUAAAAUGUCGUCUUCCAUCUUCCAUCUUCUGACCAGUAUUUUGUCUGCAAAGCUUGAAGCGGUGAUCCCUUCAUUUGGGGGUCAGUAGUUAGUCUAGAUAAGAGCAGUUUACUUUCAGUGUCUUAAGGAUUCAGUGGAUUGACUUCCUCUUCAAACUGCCAAAUAAAAACAUUUUUGCAUUUCA